CUACGCGUGGCGGUCACAUCCGCCGCUCCUCAUUGGUCUGGCGGCGGCGGAGAGCGUUUUGAUUGGCUGAGGGCGGAGUUUGUAUCUUCAGGUUUAGCGCCACUCUGCUGGCUGCGCCUGUGGAGAGUGUGCGGCUGCAAGUGGGCUCACGCGGUGGUGAUGUCUCGGGAGAAGGACGUGGAAGGCCAGCAGUCCCACACCAGUGCUUCCUCACAGUCUCAGGCCAGCGGUGGCUGUUCACAGCUCCAAGGUGGCUUCACCCAGUCCCAAGGCUGCUUGUCCCAGUCCCAUGGCCUCUCGUCUCAGACCCACGGUUCCUCCUCUCAGUCCCAGGGCACGUCGAGCUCCUCCACCAGCACGCUGCUCACCUCCAGCCAGUCGUCUCAUUCCAGCUCCGGGACGCUGAGCUCCUUAGAGACAGUGUCCACUCAGGAGCUCUGUUCUAUUCCCGAGGACCAAGAACCCGAGGAGCCCGUCCCUGCCCCUUGGGCUCGACUGUGGGCCCUUCAGGAUGGAUUCUCCAACCUUGAGUGUGUUAACGACAGCUACUGGUUUGGCAGGGACAGAAGCUGUGACUAUUGCUUUGAUGAACCACUGCUUAAAAAAACGGACAAAUACCGGACAUACAGCAAGAAACACUUUCGGCUUUUCAGGGAAAUGGGGCCUAAAAACUCUUACAUCGCAUACAUAGAAGAUCACAGUGGGAACGGAACCUUUGUAAACACAGAGCUCGUAGGGAAAGGAAAACGCCGUCCUUUGAAUAACAAUUCAGAAAUUGCACUUUCACUGUGUAGAAAUAAAGUUUUUGUAUUUUUUGACCUGACAGUAGAUGAUCAGUCAGUUUAUCCUAAGGAAUUAAGAGAUGAAUACAUCAUGUCCAAAACUCUUGGAAGUGGUGCCUGUGGAGAGGUGAAGCUUGCUUUUGAAAGGAAAACGUGUAAGAAAGUAGCCAUAAAGAUCAUCAGCAAAAGGAAGUUUGCUAUUGGCUCUGCAAGAGAGGUUGACCCGGCUCUCAAUGUUGAAACAGAAAUAGAAAUUUUGAAAAAGCUGAAUCAUCCUUGCAUCAUCAAGAUUAAAAACUUUUUUGAUGCAGAAGAUUAUUAUAUUGUUUUGGAAUUAAUGGAAGGAGGAGAGCUGUUUGAGAAGGUGGUGGGGAACAAGCGCCUGAAAGAAGCCACCUGCAAACUCUACUUUUACCAGAUGCUCUUGGCUGUGCAGUAUCUGCACGAAAAUGGCAUUAUACAUCGCGACUUAAAGCCAGAGAAUGUACUGCUGUCAUCCCAAGACGAGGACUGCCUUAUAAAGAUUACUGAUUUUGGGCAGUCCAAGAUUUUGGGGGAGACCUCGCUCAUGAGAACCUUGUGUGGUACCCCCACCUACUUGGCUCCUGAGGUUCUUCUGUCCAUUGGGACAGCCGGGUAUAACCGCGCUGUGGACUGCUGGAGCCUGGGCGUCAUCCUUUUUAUCUGCCUUAGUGGGUAUCCACCUUUCUCUGAGCAUAAGACGCAAGUGUCCCUGAAGGAUCAGAUCACCAGUGGAAAAUACAACUUCAUUCCUGAAGUCUGGGCAGAUGUUUCAGAGAAGGCUUCUAGUGUUAGUUUUGCACCACUUGAAAAGCAGAGGAAUUUUAUUCUAAGAGCCUGGGCUCAAGUCCUGGAUCUGCAUAGCUGUUUGGCCUUAGGCAGCUCUGGACCUCGUCAAGAAGUUGUUGGUAGUGGACCCAAAGGUGCGUCUUACAACAGAAGAAGCUUUAAAUCACCCUUGGCUUCAGCCUUCCACUAGUCAAAAGCGGCCCCUUGAAGAAGAAGCAGAGAAUGCUGAGGCCACAAAGCGCCGGACCGUGUGUGCUGCUGUGUCGUAACCCCGUGGUUUGAACAUGAAAGAAAUGUACCUGCUUUCAUUCCGUUGUCAUCUUUUUUGUUUCCCUCAAUCUGGGUCUUAUGAUUUGUAUUUUAAUUAUGGAAAUAAUUGCUUCUCCACAAUCACUGAUACACAAUUAAAAAUCUGAUGGAACCUGG